AUGGAGACAGUAAAUGACUUGGAUACCAUUGACGUGGAAUUGGAUGAGUUUUUCAAAAAGAAACAAAGAAGUCGAUGCGAAGAUGAGUUGCUAAACACUCUCACUAAAGAAGCGCUUGACGAAUGCACCAUACCUGAGAUAAACCUACAUGACUUUAAAGAAAUCUUGGAAGCUGAAGCACAACAAGAGGAGCUAAGUGACGGUCACAAUAAAGACAAAUUGCAGUUUCAGUACUUAAUACAUGAUCCGAAGGUGAAAUGGAACAAUAUGAAGCUAGUUUAUGGAGAGAGGUACAAUGUAAAGAAGAUAAGAGAAGUCAAUCUUGCUGCUUAUGAUCAUUUGGUGGAAAUGGAGCCUAAAUCUUUGUGCAAGGCAUUUUUUAAAGGUGGAAUGGCCUGUGAGGUAAAUGGUGUGUGCCCAGGACCUAUUAAGAAAACGGAUGAGUAUAGUAUUGAUAUCAAGGUGGUAGAGGAAGUGGAAGAGGUGAAGGAAGAUGGCCUAAUAGAGGUAGUGGAAGAGCUGGUGGAAGAGGGCCUAAUAUCACCUAAACACAACUUAAAGAAUUUGAUGCUUUGCUUCAACAAUCCAAACAAGUUCCAAAGGAUGUGUCUUUUGAGAGUCAACAUGUAUCUCUGCCAAUCCCAAAUGGCGUUGAUGAAACACAGGAUUAAAAUGUUGAUGAAGAUGGACUUGAUGAUGCAUAGGAGGACAAUGAUGAAGAUGGAGCUGAUGGAAUUGAUGAAACACAGAAGGAGGAGGAUGAUGAAGAUGGAGUUAAUACUACUCAAGUUAGGGUUAGAACUAUAA